GCGUCUGUCUCUCUGUCUGUGGUUGCACGCUUUCCCUUGCCGGCAUCUAAAGGAACUUUCUGGAAAGAUUUUUCCUGUAUUGAAAUCACAAAUCCAUUCUUAUAUACAUGUGAGUGCCAUAGAAUACCCUUCUAUAGUCCAUUAUGAGUGAGACGGAAGCAAUGGAGUGUAAGGAAAAUGAAUAUGUUCCUGGUCCUAAUGCUGUUGAUGUUUCACCUAAUCAUGAUGGUGGUGUGUUAAAGACUGUAAAUACUGCUGGUAUAGGUGAUGCUGGUCCAUCCAAAGGCGACAAAGUUAUUGUUCAUUACACUGGAAAACUAACAGAUGGCACGAAAUUCGACUCUAGUGUUGAUCGUGGUGAACCUUUUGAAUUUACUCUUGGAAAAGGUCAAGUCAUCAAAGCAUGGGAUAUCGGUGUUGCUACCAUGAAGAAAGGAGAGAAAAGUACAUUGUUUUGCCUUCCUGACUAUGCAUAUGGCCAAAAAGGGAGCCCUCCUAAUAUUCCCGAAAAUGCAACCUUAGUAUUUGAUGUUGAAUUAAUUGAUUGGAAAAUGGAGGAUCUUAGUCCUAAUAAUGAUGAAAGUAUCUUGAGGUCCCUAAUUAAAGAAGGACAAGGGUAUUUAACACCUAAUGAAGGAUCUGUAGUUGAAGUGCAUUAUGUUGGAAAAUUCCAAGACAAAGUGUUUGAAACACAAGAUGUCAAAUUUGUGAUUGGUGAACCAUUUGAAGAAAAUGUUAUUGAAGGUCUAGAUAUAGCUCUGCAAAAAUUUAAAAAAGGGGAAACGUCUAAAAUAAUUGUAGCUCCUAAAUAUGCAUUUGGUGACAAAGGAAAUCAAGAACUCAAUAUACCACCCAAUAGCACUGUUGAAUAUGAAGUUACUCUUGAAUCUUUUGAAAAGGAAAAGGAAUCUUGGAACAUGACAUCAGAAGAAAAACUUGAGCAAUCAGAAAUGGCAAAAAACAAAGGAACAAGUUAUUUUAAGAAUGAAAAAUAUGAAAUGGCUUCAAAAAAGUAUCAAAAAAUUGUUGAUUAUCUACAAAAUGAGUCUGAAUUGACGGGAGAUCAAAAGGAUAAGAAACAAGCUCUACUGCUGGCAGGAUAUCUUAAUCUAGCUGCAUGUUUCUUAAAACUAGGAAAACACCAAGAAGUCAUAGAGAAUUGUGAUAAAGCAUUGGAAAUAGAUUCCAAAAGUGUUAAAGGGCUCUUUAGGAAAGGACAG